UGUUAAAUUAGCAAACUAGAAUAUAUUCCUAUAUACGUAUUUCCCGCUCGAGUUAGAACGAAACACAGAACACAGUAGAACCUAGACUCCGCCGUGCUCGGAGUUAAUUCCGUUCCGAUUUCCACCGAUCUCCGCUGUUAACUCCACCGGCAAUUCGCCGAUGGCUCACCAGCCCUACGAUCCUUACUAUCUCUAUAAUCAACCGGACCCGACCUACAGUGACCGGAGCAACAUCAACACGCUCUUCAUCUCCGGUCUCCCUGACGACGUUAAGGCUCGCGAGAUUCACAACCUCUUCCGCCGUAGGCCAGGAUUCGACUCUUGCCAGCUCAAGUACACUGGACGUGGCAACCAGGUUGUGGCAUUUGCCACCUUUUACAAUCACCAAUCAGCUGUGACAGCGCUACAUGCAUUAAAUGGCGUCAAAUUUGAUCCACAAAGUGGAUCGGUUCUGCAUAUUGAACUCGCUAGGUCAAACUCUAGGAGAAAACAUAAGCCAGGUGGUGGAGCAUAUGUUGUGAUAGAUAAAAGGAAAAAAACAGAUGCCAAUUCCCAGGAAACAUCAAGUGAUGAUGGAGGCAGUGAACCGGAUGAACCAUCAAAAAAGGCCGAACAAAGUGGUGAGGCUUUGGUGACUCCUGCUAAUGCUCUAUCUGCUCCAUAUGAGCAUCAUGAAAAGAAUGAUGGAGGACCAUGCUCCACUUUGUUUAUCGCAAAUCUGGGUCCAAACUGCAAUGAAGAUGAACUGAAGGAAGUCUUGUGCAAAUAUCCUGGAUUUAACGUUCUCAAAUUGCGUGCCAAAAGUGGAAUGCCGGUUGCAUUUGCUGAUUUUGAGGAUAUCGAACAAGCUAGCAAGGUUAUGGAGGAGCUUCAGGGAAGCGUGCUACCAUCAUCAGACCGUGGCGGCAUGCAUAUAGAGUAUGCUCGGUCUAAAAUGAGGAAGUCUUAGUUGAAAAGCGUUCAUCAGUCUGGUAGGGACUCGUUUGCUCCUACCCUGAAAUGUUUUGUUGCAUUAAUCAGUCUGGUAUUGUUUCUAGUGUUUGCAAACUACACUUCAUAUCACUGCCUAAAUAAUGAAAAUAGGCUAUGUGGUCAUGCACAUUUUAAUUAAAUUAUAAAGCAAAGUAUUGUAAAGUGUUGGUCGA